AUGGGGGAGCAGCAGAGCUCGCUGAGCGCCCCGCGGGCGGCCGCCGCGCCGCCGAGCCCGGCCGGGGGCCCGCGGGAGCCCGGCCCGGACGAGCCGCCUUCGCCGCGAGAGGCGGUCCCGGGCGGCGGGGCGGCCGGGCCGGGGCGAGGCGGGGAGCUGCCGCCGGCCGCCGCCAGCCCCGAGCGGCGAGGGGCCGAAGAGGAGGCGGAGGCGGCGGCCGGGCCGGAGCAGCCGCCGGGCUCGGGGGAGCCGGCGGCCCCGGCGGAGGAGGGGCCGGAGGGAGGCAGCGGCCGCCGCCGCCCCCCCCGGCGGCACGUGUACUGCACCGUCUACUGCGUGGAGAACGACCGGCCGGCGGCGGCCCCCGGCUCCCCCCACGGCGGCCCGGGCGCGGGGCAGCCCCCGGCGCGGCGCGGGGUGGUGUCGGGCGACGACCCGCUGUCGUCCGGCGGCAGCAUCGAGGUGGUGGACUUGUACCUGCUGCCCGAGCCCUUCUCCGGGCUGAUCGCGGGCGAGUUCGGGCCGCUGCUGGUGCUGAGCUGCCGCGUGUGCCUGGAGGAGAAGCCCAUCAAGCCCCUGUCCUGCUGCAAGAAGGCGGUGUGCGAGGAGUGCCUCCGGCGGUACCUCAGCUCCCAGGUGCAGCUGGGACAAGCGGAUAUAAAAUGCCCCAUCACAGAGUGCAGCGAACACCUGGAUGAAACAACUGUCCUCUAUAACCUGCCCCAUGAUGACAUCAUCAAGUAUAAAUACUUCCUGGAACUCAGCCGCAUUGACUCCAGCACCAAGCCAUGCCCUCAGUGCAAGCACUUUACAACCUUCCGGAGGAGAGGCCACAUUCCUACCCCUGCCAAAUUGGAGAACAAAUACAAAAUCCAGUGUCCAUCUUGCCAAUUUGUCUGGUGUUUCAAGUGCCAUUCUCCCUGGCAUGAAGGCGUUAACUGCAAAGAAUACAAGAAGGGAGACAAGCUGUUACGUCACUGGGCCAACGAAAUCGAACACGGGCAGAGGAAUGCCCAGAAGUGUCCAAAAUGCAAGAUCCACAUCCAGAGAACUGAAGGGUGUGACCACAUGACCUGUUCACAGUGUAACACUAAUUUCUGUUACCGUUGUGGGGAGAGAUACCGCCAGCUCCGCUUCUUUGGAGACCACACGUCAAACCUCAGCAUCUUUGGAUGCAAAUACCGCUACCUCCCCGAGAGACCACAUCUAAGGAGAUUAGUGCGAGGCUCUGUCUGUGCUGGAAAACUACUCAUUACACCCCUAAUAUUGGUUCUGGGACUGGCCCUGGGAGCCGUAGCUGUUGUAAUAGGUUUAUUUGUGUUUCCUAUCUAUUGCCUUUGUAAAAAGCAGAGGAAAAGGUCACGGACAGGUAUGCCCUGGUGAGGACGGACAUUACUCGCCUGAAGUGAGCUGGUCCUGCAAGGGCUAUCCGUGUUUUAUGUGACAGAGCAAUACAGUGCUGGUUACAGCCUCAAAGCCACCGCCCUGGAAGAAGGAUGGAGGCUCUCCUGCCAUCUUCCCUCAGCCGAAAACACUACUGCAGACCAGAAAGCCUCUUUUCUGGUGCAUUCUCAACAAGAUGGGCCCCCUGACUGCUGCUUUUUAAAUGUCUUUGGUUUGGGGUUUUUUAGUUAUGACUUUGGAGGGUUUUUUUUGAGUCUAAGUUUCUGAACCAGACAAUCCAGGUCUGUAUUGUAGCCACAACUCUACUACCGAUUUGGCCUGUGAAGAAGCAUUUAACUGCUAACAUGUGCUCGUUUAACUUCAGCGUCGGCCUUUAAGGUGGAAAUGCUUACAAGUGUUCAGACUCUUACUGUAUACUGAGCAUACUACUUUUGGUAUUAAAAAGUACUUCUGUAAAUAACUUCCAUCACACAGCAUUCUGUUCAGCAUACCGAAACCCCAUGCCAUGCCAGAGCACGACAGCUGGUUAUCUUCUGAGUGCUCCUGCCAGUGGAGUGCACAUUGCCACCGCCAAACUGCAGUGCCUCAGAGGGAAAUACCCUUAGUACUGAAGCGCCGUGAUACUUAAGAAUAUGGUGAUUGGUUUCACUUCAGUAAUUUAUUUAUGACAGUCAUUAAUAUUAAUGGCAGGGGGUGUGACAAGAUUUGUUACAACAGGACUUCAUUUUUAAAUUCUCACAGUGCAGAAAAAAUUUGAAGGGUUUAGAUAAGAAGACGUGUCAGUGGCCUAAUCUGUCCCAAGAUAUCCCUGAAGUGUGUUUGCAGGGAAGCUGGAAACCUGCUCUUUUGUUCUGACUUGGAAUAUGAUAGACAUGCUACACACUACCCGUGUGAGGAUUGACUUGUUGAAAUUUUAUAAACUAAAUAGCACAUUUUGUUUGUUUGUUCCUUUGAGUAGGCUACUACUACAUAAGUCUUGGAGUAUCCACUGAUGUCUCGUGAGGAAAAUCUGUGAAUCCAGGGUAAGGGAAGCAAUCAUAAAUUCUUAGGAGACCACUUCAUUCUAAUUUUCUGCUUUCAGUGUUUCUCUUCCUGGCACAUGACAGUUCUGAAGAGAAUAGCUAUCUUUGCUCUUUUUUUCUUAAGUUCCACUGUUUGCUACCAAACCUCUUUCUCAGUGCAUCACAACAAAAGCAGUGUAAUUCAGAGAAAGGAAUCAGUUACUCAGAAUUUUUACACUUAAUUUUAAUCCAAAUUUAUCAUACAAAUAUAACUUAAAAAACAGAAUCAAUUUGUUUAGACAGAACACUGAAACAAAAAAGAAAGGAGUUAAAUAAGAAAAAAACUACUUCAUACUGUAAAAAUACAGGCUAAUCUUAAGAAGAUUGGAUUUGUACUGUGAAGGUACUUCUUUUCAGUGUGUGUGAAGAUACACAUGUAUUUAUAUGUAUGUUUGUGUAUAUAUGGGGAAAAGGGAAGCAGGAAGAUGGGAAAUGUCCUUAAGAGUCCACUGACUUCAAAAAUUAGGCUCGCAAAUAACGUAUCAUUUAAGAGGAUGUACUUUGUGCCGCUUACUUUUAAAAUUGUUGUUAAAUCUGAAUCCAGUUGAAAUUUUCAAGCAAAUAGUGUUCUGCCCCACCAACAUAGUACUUGUUAUAAGAUACUUUGACUUCGAAGCCUCAGUGGAAGAAGCUGAUGACUUUUGUUUACCUGGAAACACAAAUAUCAGCUUACCAUAGCUGGCUAGUAUGCUUGUUUUCUGUCAGCUUCUGGUUUUGUUUUCUUGCGUUUUUUUUUUCUUUAAGCACACCAUGGUAGUCAGUAACUAUUUAAUAAUUUUCAUUUGAAUUUAAGGGCACGUUGACCCUGUUAUCCUAAUAGUAAAAACAGUACUUUUCAAAGAUUGACAAAUUAAGGAGGGAAGCAAUGAUAUUUAGAAAUAAAAUUCAAAGCCUCUUGUCAAUGCAAAUUUACCUGUUACUUAGACUUACUUUCUUCUGAGAUACAUCAGUUUUCUGUUUGUUAUGUCUGAAGUUAGAAGCUGCCUUAAAAUUGGUCUUGGUUUUGAGUGUGUUUUCUGAGGCUAUACAUAUCAGUUAUCUUUGGCUUACUCAGGGAUUUUUAUUCCUCUCUUUAAAUGUCAAAUAAUGAAGAUAUUUUUGUAUUAUUUAGAAAAACCUUCAGACCUCAGAGAGCGAGAUAUAUAUAGAUAGAUUUGGGUUUGCAAUGCAGUCUAUAACUUGGUGUCAAACUACUCCACUUGAGAAUAUUUUAGUACUUGAGAUUAUCUGUAAUAACUACAUAUUGGAUUUAUUUCCUUUCUUUUCCUGGUUCUUUAUAAAUGUUUGAGAUAUUCCUACAGUCUUUGUACCUGUUUUCACUCUGCCAUGUUUGCUAUUUUCAGUUUUUAGAGUUCAGCAAGAUCUGAAUCUAAGAUAUUAGAAUAAAGAACAUAAAAGGGAAGAUAAUAGAUCUGCACUUACUUCUAUUCAGAAAGUAUGUCCUUGUGGAUGGAGAAAAGGAACAUACAACUCAGCUCCUACAUUAUCAUUUCAUCUAGGCAAUUUUGAUUUUAUCAGAACAGAUAAAAUCAAAGGGAAUGGUUCUUCAUUUUGUAUACAGAGCAGAAAGAGACAUCUUUGACCUUAUAAAAAUGAGUGAAUCUGUGCUUUUUCUGUUGGGAAAAAAAAAAGGAAUUGCAAUAAUUUUUGCUUUUCUGUAGAACGGGAUAAGUGUUCAAGAACCAGGCAGAAUAGGGAUAUGGAAGUCUUUUUCCAUCUGUAUAAAAAUAUUGCCACUGGAAAAGUACAUAAAUACAAUUUUUAUCAAUAUUAUAUAACAUAACGUAGUAAAGCAUGAGAAGUAGCUCAGUACAAAGCUUUAUUUGGUUAAACAUCAGCUUUUAAGCAACUCAUCACAACAAACCUUAUAUACAUCAAAGCCACGUCAUUUGUUUUAAAAGCAUUAAUUUAUUCAUUUGAAAGCAACUGAAUGGACUUUAUAAGGAAAUUAUGUAAGUGUAUUGUGCUUUUUGUAACUACUCUAAAGAAACCAUCAGGCUGUUCUACUCCAUCUUUAUUAGCAGAAAACUUCAUCAGGCAGCUAUAUUAACCUGCUAAGGCAGAUUUCACACUACUGUAUGCUGAUCAUCACUGGUUGUUGUGUUUGCUUCCACGACAGUUAAUAUUUAAGUUUAUUUAUCUUUGUGCAAGGUUGUUGCUCAUCCAUACCUGUGUCAAGACUAGGAAAUGCUUAAAUCCAUUCUACACUAGCCUUCUGUUUCAGGCUUUCCUGGGGCUGGAUUUGCUGUGUGCUCAGCCCCGUGUGCAGUCAGAGCUGGGGCUCUCCCUGUGGUGCUGUGGCUGUGUGUGCCCCAUCCUGCUCCUGCUGGGAGGGCUGGCUGGACACCCCACCCCUCGGGGGCUGCAUUCCCUUUCUCCACUAUGCAGAAUUUAGUUCUGUUUCAUUAAUGGGGUCAAGUUCCAGGGCUACUCAACCAUAUCAGCAGCAGGAUAAUUUUCUGUCCUGUGGCAUCUCAGAGCAUAGUUAUGUGUAUGUACAGAGUUCAUCCAGGAGAUUGUGACUGGAAAAUAAUUGUGCUUUUCCUUAUGUCAGUCUAUUAGCCAGUGAGAGUAAUAGGCUGAGUAGGAAUACAAGCAAGAGGCAGAAAAGCAAUUCCGAGUAGCUUUGUGCUGAGCUGACCCAUCAGGCUUAGUUCUGUACAAAAAAGUCAGUGAGUCUUCGGUUCUCACCACCUCUAUAAUAAACAGCAUAUUCCUACCUGUUCAGUGUCAUUAAAGUACAGUGCACUUUGAGUGAUCUAUUAUCUUCCUUUGAGGCAGUGAAAAUGUGUAAGGGAAGAUUUUGUGUUUGAUUUUGAUGCUCCUAAUGCUGAAUUCAUAACUCCCCCGGUGUGUUAAGGGUUUUUGGAAUUUACACCUAUUUAUUCAUUAUAAAAGUUUUACUUUAUUAAAAAUACUAAUUUGCGGGGACUACUGCCAAUUUUAACUAGAAAGCAUUUUGGCUCACCAUCAGGUAUUCUUUUUAGCCAAGAGGCUUUUUGCUCUUCCAAAGACUGUCACAGUUCGUGUGAUGUUAAAUGGUGUGUAGGUGGGGCAGUAAUUCUCUCAGAGGAUACAAAUUCACUGGUGAUGGAAUGGUUUCUUAUGCCAAUUAGAUUUGAGAAACUGUUUAAUAUUCAAUGGCCAAAUAGUUUGCCAUGCAGAUUCUUGGUUGGUUUAUUAGAUUUUUUUAAAUUUAAUUGUGUUUCUUGAGCAAACCUUACAUCGUAAUUUUUGGUAUGCUAAUUGUGCAGGUUCAAGUUGUAGAUAAGAACCACAGAUUGCUGUUACUGUUAUAAUCUAUAUUAGAUCUCUGCUGAUGGAAAGAAUCCUACAUGAGGAAACUAUUAGAUAAUUUCUUACUUUCUUUUAAUUGUGAAGCCUUAUGGUUAGAGUGAGUCAGCUUCAUUCCUGACAUCAGUCACAGCCCCAUUAAACCAGAGAAGACUACUUUUAUGCCAGAGUGGAAUUUGGUCGCAAAUACUUUUAUAAAAACAUCUGGAAGUAUGUUGAUAGCCAUGGAAAACCCAGUUCACUUCUUAAGAAGUUCAAACUACUAUAGAGCCACUCCUCGUUUGCAGAACGAUGCCAAUGUGUUUAGAAAGCGCAGGAGAGGGAAGGAGUUGGGAAGAAUUUCUGGACAACACUCUCAUUAGAGCAGAUUGUCAGGAGAGGGGAUACUAGCUUUUAAUAUAAUAAAGAAACCUUAAUGCUUUGAGCCACUAAUAAAAUUAGGAACAACACCCAAAGACAGUGUUAAAUAACAUUUCUUCAGAUUCUUUCUUCAGAGUAACAAAUAGCACACUGUAAGAAGUGGAAUUGCAGCUGUUCAGUAUUUUUAGGACUUAACACAUAAACUUGAGGACACACAACAUCUAAAACGUUAUGUUGCUGAUCUAUUUGGUAGUUUGUCUUGUUACUGUUACAUGAAAAACCAGCUGAGCCUUGAUAUAAUUGAAAGACAAACACUGUUUUCACUGGUGUUACAGCUUGAGCAGUACUUAACACCCCAAAACGUUUUUGUGAUAAAACUAACAAAUGGAGCUGCUUGCAGAUGAAGCUUCCUCACUGAAUCUUCCUUACCUUUCUGUGCAUAAGAGUUCAGGAACCAUAUGUUCUCUCUGCAGUAAGGAGCAGACUGCACGUAUUAGGCAGUUAAUCACUGAUGCUUCUCUUCUCUUGGCCUAAUAGUGAAAUUCCAUAAGGGAAAUGAAAACUGAUCUUAGAGUGCAUGCUCUGAUUUCAAAGUUAAAAAUGUGUAAUAAGUUUUAAUUAUUCCAUAGCAAAAAAAUAAAUGCAUACCUUUUGAAAAAUAAUUCCAGCUGUUUAUUUAUAAAUCUCUCUGUAUAACACAAUAGUUAUAAUAGUGAUGCAUUUAUUAAAAUAUCCAUAUUGUGCAAAAGAAAGCCUUUUUUUGGUGCUUAUUUGGCUUAUCAAAACAUGAAAAAUUAAUCGGAAGUGUUUUGGAUGGAUCAAAGUCAGAAGAGAAGCUUAUUGUGUAAAAAUAUUUGUUUAGCAUAAAUGUGAAUUUUGCACAUAUCUUAAACACAGUUGCAUGCCACCCCUGUUCAGUGUUCACCUUGUGGAAAAUUUGUCAGACUGAAAACAGUAUUUUUGAAAUGUUUAACUUACUGCCACAGAGGAUGAUGUUACUAACACAAUGCCACAUUUUACCUCAUUUUUAGAAAGGAAUAUAAUUACAGAAUCCAGAGAAGCUAUUCAGGUGUUUAAAACCUGUCCUGUAAAACUGUAAUGCAGUCAGAAAACAUCUUCAUGCCUUAUGUAAGCUCUGGAUGAGCAGAUGGAUUCAGUCUUUAGUCAUGGACUAUGUUUUUGCAUAAAAAAUGCACUCUUUGGGGUUUUUCAUAACAAUUUGCAUCCUGCUGCUUUGUGUCCAGAAAUUGCAAGGACAGGGAUGAAUUUACAUUUCACUGUCUACCAUCUCAUAUAAAAUGUUUACCAUCUUUCCAUUCUUACACACUUUGUUUGUAUGCUUUCCUUCUCCUUCUAAAUUUCAUCAUUUGAAACUGACUUGUGAAAAUGGCUGAAGAUCAAAUUGGACCUGUAAAAUGUGAUCUCAUAAGAAGUUGCUUUGUUAACGCUUUGCUGAGCUAUAAGCAAAAGAUUAAUUUUGUUGUAUUUACAUUACUUAAAAGCAAGAUGCUGAAAUCUAUUUUCUCCAUGGCUUUUAAUUUUGCAAUUUUAAAAUGUACUUAAGUAGCACAGUCAUCUUUGUUACAUAACUAACCAUCUGAGUACAAAAUAACAUUUUCGCAUAUUUGUUAAUUCUUGUCACUAGGGUAGAGAUGAGAAUAGUGCUGAAAAAAGAAAAAAUUAUCUCUGAGGAACGUGUCCAAGUUGAAUUUAAUUCUAUGACAAUUCAAUGAGAAGUCUUCCCUUACUCAUCUCUUGUUUUGUGUAUUUUAGGGUAAAGGGUUCCCUUUAAAAUAGGUUUAAUUUGAAUGGCAGGGGUUGAGGGUAGUGAGAUAAUAGAUCACAUCCUUUUUAGUGUACAGGCUUCUGGCACAACUAGGAUGUUGACCAAACACUGUGGAUUCAUUAAGAAAGCAAUUUUUAGUUCUGCAUUUGGGCAACAUACAAGCUAGUAUUGGAACUUUUUGUAGUAUAUAUAUGGGAAGACUAAGAACUUAUAAAACCUGGAGGAAGGCAGUGCCCAUGAAAUCGACACUUGAAUUCCAGUAUUUAAUGUUUUGCAUAAUGAGAGAUUUUAAAUGUGUAAGUGCCUUACUGCGUGAAACAAAUGAAAGGUGUUCAUACCCCUCAACAGAGCAAUAUGGGAAUUCCUAUUCUCUGGACUCCUACAAUUAUAUUAAGCCAAAGUAAUCACUAUUGUUUUGUUCAGAAAGUUGACAAAUGUAUUAGGGAAGAAAUUAGCCUAUCAUAAAAGUAAUCUGGCAUGCUUAUUUUAAUUCUGGUGAUGUCAUUUCUGUGGGGUUUUUUUAACUUGUUCCUUGCGGCCAUCCCUCCCCCUGACUCUUCCAAUCUUCCUUCAGACUUCUGCAGAAAUGCACCUUAACUUGUUGUUAGAGUAAGUUUGGCUCCUCCAACAUAAGAAGCCAUGAGUUUUCAACCACUGAGAGAACUGCAGCCUUUUGGAGAAGAGAAUUCAGCCCAAGUACAGUUAGAGCACAGCCUGCUGUGGCUGUACCUGCCAGCUCGGGGCUCGCUCCUGCCUUGUUCACACUAAUUGUUGGAGGUGGAAGCACCAAGGAAUAUGGCACAUGGAGGUGCACUGUAGCUAGGCUGGGACUUAAAAGGUUGAGAGCAUUUCAGUGUUAUCCAGCUGGAACUAACAUAUCCUGUUAAUACAAGCUGGUAACUCCUCUGGGGUGGGUCUCUUGGUGGACGAAACCAUCAAUCGAGAUGGUGGCGCAGCUCUGGGUUCUCUGCCCAGCCUUUACUGCAGGGUGGGAGGUGUGAUCUGGAAAAGUAUUACUCAUUUUGCCAUCAUCUGAUAGCUUCAAAAUGGGCGUUCUGGGGUUUAUUUCUUCUUACUUCCUUUUCCAGAAGACAGUGGAAUUUUACCCUUUAUGUUCUAGACUUACUAAAGGCCCUGUUUGCCCUUACUAACAUUGAUGCCACUAUUGUCCAUCUAUUACUGAAGUCAGGAAUAAGCUACUUUUCUAAAAUUACCUUGAAUUUCAUGAGCUUAUGGUUGCAAUUAUCUGUCAAAAAAAAAGAAAUAUAAAAGUUGAUUACCAAAAGGAAAUUGAGUCAAUGGGGGGUGAGAAGAAAAAUGAUGCUUAGAAAGUCUAUUUUUUGUAGAUUCAUGAUCAUAAGAUGGUUUAAAUACAUUCAAUUUACUCCUCUGAAAAUUUGUAAAGGAAAGAAGGAGGAAUUAAGAUGAGUAUCCCUUUGAACCUUAUAUUUUCCUGAAAUUCUUCAAUUUUUCAGAACGGUAGGAGGGGCUUUUUUUUCCACCCUGGAGUUACUAAUUGUUAAUAUAGCUGUCAUGGUCUUACUGUGAACACUAAUGUGACUGUUUAGUCAGGAUUCAGCUUGCAUAUCUGAAGGUUUUGGUGAUUGAGAAUUUGAUUUAGAGCCAUACUGCAAUAAAAUUAUAAGUGAAUUAUUACAUAUCUUAAUGACUUCUAUUUCAGCAUUAUCUCAAAAUUUUAGACAUUAAAAAUUUCAUUCUUCUAUAAUCCAUUAAAUAGAAGAUGCCAUGUAUCAAAAUUCUCUUUCAAUCUUAUGAGUUACUGUUUAUUUUUACUGGUUAUUUCCUUAAAUGAAUUUUUUCUCUCCUAGAACCAGCAGACACACAAACAAAAUGCUGAUAAGAUUUCCCCAUUAUCUUUGUCUUGCAUAUAGCUGACACUAUAUUUUCUGUUGCAUCGUAUUGCAACAAUGGUCUUCAUGCUGUAAUAACUUGAUGAAAAUAUUCAGUAGUCCUGGGCAAUAUUUUACAAAUAAUUCAUCUUCAAGUUUAAAUGUAUACCACUAAUCACUGUUGAGUGUGCUACCUGUGUGGUUGCUUUAGUUUAUGUCAAUGUUUUGUAAGAAUUAUUUCUUGCUACCCUCUUCAGAGUGCCUUUUUAUUUAGGAGGUCUAGAAGAUGGUUCACUGAAGUCUUCUGUAGAAUCUACCAUAGUAAUGUCUGAUCUUUAAACUUGUCCUGAUGAAUGUAUAACUAAAAUCUUGUUCUUUAAAAAGCUAUAGUAGACACAGGUUGUAUAUGCACAUGUACAUGCAUGGAUACAAGGGAAGGUGUUCUGCCAAUGUUUGUCCUGCUGGACAGGACCUUUCGGAAGUAAGUGAAUUUUUUAACAGUUUUAUUUUCAAAAUGUUACCUCACUAGUAUUCAGUAGUAGAUAUUUCUCUGUAUUGCUUCACUUUGCUAAAUACAAUCACGGUAGGCAGUUUAAUUUUUAAAAGACUCUGCGAUGAAUCUGGUGUUCGUAUGAGACUGAAUUUCGUAAGACAAAACUUAUGGUACUUUGUUUUCUUUAAAGGCAUUCCUUUCACUUACACUGACAUCACAAGCCCCUGUUAGCAACAAACUGAAAAAGUGCUUCCCCAUGAUGAAAUGGAAGAAUGUAAAGGAGCAUUUGAAUGCACUCCACCCAUCUUAAAAUGAGUAUUCAGAAAUGGGGGUGGGGAGCAGUGGAUUUGAUUAAUUGUGGGGAGACAUGCAUUGUAGAGUUCGUUCACUUGGCACACAAGGGGUUUUACAAUGUCAUCUAGUAAUGUCUACCUAAUAAAAUUUUGAAAAAAUAAA